AUGAACCAACAGUUUUACAAUCUGCCACCGCCACCAAGCCGAGAUAACACAGCCUCACCUACAUCAUCUGUUUCUUCCAAGACGUUAUUCCCAGAUAGAGCAGCUGAUAGGAAACUUCUCGAUGAGAGAUUAAAAAGCCCGCCACCGCCACGCACGAUUAAGGAGACACAAUUUAGAGUUGGUGACGUAGCUGGGACUAGCGCAUUCAAGAAGUUGCAAAAGUUUUUAAAUAAGAAGGAGACUAGCAGCUCAAACAAAAUUUCGAGUUUCUUUGGCUCAAAAGAUAAAAGUUCAAGCAAUAAGUUUGCAGAUUUGGCUAAAUUGAAGAAGGAAGCCAAAGGCGACGCUAAGAUUGCGGCUGCAGAUAGAAUAUACUUGUGGUGCAUAUACAUUGGAGAUUCUGCUGCGGAAGUUGAAAAUACAACAAGGCGUGGUGUUUUUGUUUCUAAAAACUGGAGUGUUGGAAGAUCACUUGACUCAAUUGCUGAUACUUUGCGAAUACGCAACAUCAAUAACUCGACUACUAAAAUUGAAGAAAAACUCCACAUUUUUCAAAAGGAAACUACAGAAGAACCUAAACUCGUAAAGACAACUCAGAAGGCUACUUUAUUCAAAAACGGCGAUACAAUUUAUUUAGUACGCGGUGUGUUGGUCGAAUAA